AUGGCCUUCCGCACACAGCUGAUGCUCUUACUGUGGAAAAAUUACACAUAUCGACGGAGGCAACCGAUCCAGUUACUAGUGGAGUUGCUGUGGCCCCUUUUCCUCUUCUUCAUCCUGGUGGCCGUCCGCCACUCCCACCCCCCAUUGGAGCAUCACGAAUGCCACUUUCCAAACAAGCCACUGCCCUCAGCGGGCACGGUGUCCUGGCUGCAGGGCCUUGUCUGCAACGCAAACAACGCCUGCUUCCAACACCCAACGCCGGCCGAGAAGCCGGGGGUCCUGAGCAACUUUAAGGAUUCCCUGAUCUCCAGGCUCCUUGCAGAUGCUCGCACAGUGCUGGGGGGCCGCAGCACCAGGGACAUGCUGGCAGCCCUGGGGAAAUUGAUCCCCGUGCUCAGAGCGGGCGGAGCCUGGCCACAAGAGAGGAACCAAGAGGACAAGCAAUCCUGGACGACUAAGCUCUUGGAGAAGAUCCUGCAAGGGGCAUCCCUGGAACCCCUAUUCGGUCAAGCCCAGGAUUCCAUGAGGAAGUUCUUGGAUGCUACCAGAGAUCUUGCCCAGGAGCUCCUGACGCUGCCCAGCCUGAUGGAACUCCGAGCUUUGCUUCAGAGGCCCCGAGGCUCAGCUGGUUCUCUGGAGCUGGUUUCCCAGGCCCUCUGCAGCACCAAGGGACCCAGCCGCCUAGGCGGCCUCUCCCUCAACAGGCUAGACAUCGUCCAGCUCAACGAGUUCACCGGGCCGGAGCCAGCACCUGCGCUGGCGGACAGCCGCCUCAGUCCUGCUUGCUCUGAGUUCCUGGGGCCACUGGAUGACCAUCCUAUGUCUCGAUUUCUCUGGAGGCGCCUGAAGCCACUGAUCCUUGGGAAAAUUCUCUUUGCACCUGACACAAACUUCACUCGGAAGCUCAUGGCUCAGGUGAACCGGACCUUCGAGCAGUUGGCUCUGUUGAAGGACCUACAUGAAGUCUGGGGUGUGCUGGGACCCCAGAUCUUCAACUUCAUGAACGACAGUUCAAACGUGGCCCUACUUCAGAGGCUGCUGGAAGUGAGGGGCACAGGGCCGAGGCAGCAGACACCCAGAGGCCAGAAGCAGUUGGAGGCUGUCAAGGACUUUCUGGACCCUCGUAGGGAUGGCUACAGCUGGCGGGAGGCCCAUGCCGACAUGGGGCGCCUGGCAGAAAUACUGGGCAAAAUCAUGGAGUGUGUGUCCCUGGACAAGCUGGAGGCUGUGCCCUCAGAGGCAGCACUCGUGUCCCGUGCCCUGGAGCUGCUGGGUGAGCGCCGCUUCUGGGCCGGCAUCGUCUUCUUGAGCCCUGAGGACCCUCUGGACCCAUCCAAGCUGUCAUCUCCGGCUUUGGGCCCUGGCCACCUGAGAUUCAAGAUUCGAAUGGAUAUUGAUGCUGUCACAAGGACCAAUAAGAUCAGAGACAAGUUUUGGGACCCGGGUCCGUCAGCAGAUCCUCUCAUGGACCUCCGCUAUGUGUGGGGCGGCUUCGUGUACCUACAGGACCUGUUCGAGCAGGCGGCUGUGAGGGUGCUUACUGGUGUGGACCCCCGCACAGGCCUCUAUCUGCAGCAGAUGCCGCACCCCUGCUACGUGGAUGAUGUGUUCCUGCGCGUGCUGAGCCGGUCUCUGCCUCUGUUCCUGACUCUGGCUUGGAUCUAUUCGGUGGCGCUCACUGUGAAGGCUCUGGUCCAGGAGAAAGAGACACGGCUGCGAGAAACCAUGCGUGCCAUGGGGCUGAGCCGCGGGGUGCUCUGGCUCAGUUGGUUCCUCAGCUGCCUGGGACCCUUCCUGAUCAGCUCUGUGUUGCUGGUGUUAGUGCUCAAGUUGGGGAACAUCCUUCCUUACAGCAACCCCGUUGUAGUCGUCGUCUUCUUAGCGGCCUUCUCGGUGGCCACUGUGGCUCAGAGUUUCCUGCUCAGCGUCUUCUUCUCCAGGGCCAACCUGGCAGCAGCCUGCGGGGGCCUCGCCUACUUCUCCCUCUACCUGCCCUACGUGCUGUGUGUCGCCUGGCGCGAGCGCCUGACCCUGGGCGGCCGAGUAGCUGCGAGCCUGCUGUUCCCCGUGGCCUUUGGCUUUGGCUGCGAAAGCCUGGUGCUGUUGGAGGAGCAAGGGGAUGGGGUUCAGUGGCACAAUUUGGGCACAGCCCCCGCGGAGGGUGUCUUCAGCCUGGCGCAGGUGUCUGCCUUCUUGUUGUUUGAUGCUGCCAUCUACGGACUUGCCCUCUGGUACCUAGAGGCUGUAUGCCCAGGCCAGUAUGGGAUCCCCGAACCAUGGGAUUUCCCCUUUCGGAGGAGCUACUGGUGUGGGCCUGGACCUCCCCAGCCCUCUGUCUUGGCCCCCGCCCCACAGGAUCCCAGGGUUCUGGUGGAAGAUCCACCCCCUGGCCUGGUGGCUGGCGUCUCCAUUCGAGGCCUAACGAAGCGUUUUCGGGGCUGUCCCCAGCUGGCCCUGCGAGGGCUCAGCAUCGACUUCUACCAAGGUCACAUCACUGCCUUUUUGGGCCAUAACGGGGCUGGAAAGACAACUACACUGUCCAUCUUGAGUGGUCUCUUCCCACCCAGUGGUGGCUCGGCCUCCAUCCUGGGCCAUGAUGUGCAAACCAACAUGGCAGCCAUCCGACCCCACCUGGGCAUCUGCCCACAGUACAAUGUGCUAUUUGACUUGCUGACGGUAGAGGAGCACGUCUGGUUCUAUGGCCGUUUGAAAGGUGUGAGUGCAGCUGCCAUUGGCUCUGAGCAGGAACACCUGAUACGGGAUGUGGGGCUCAUCCCCAAGCGGGGCACACAGACGCGUCACCUCUCUGGUGGAAUGCAGCGGAAACUGUCCGUGGCUAUUGCCUUUGUGGGUGCCUCUCGUGUGGUCAUCCUAGACGAGCCCACGGCUGGCGUGGAUCCCACCUCCCGCCGUGGCAUCUGGGAAUUGCUUCUUAAGUACAGAAAAGGCCGCACGUUGAUCCUCUCCACUCACCACCUGGAUGAGGCAGAGCUGCUGGGAGAUCGCGUGGCCAUGGUGGCAGGCGGCUCUCUGUGCUGCUGUGGGUCCCCGAGUUUCUUGCGCCAACGCUUGGGCUGCGGUUACUACCUGACGCUGGUGAGGAGCUCUCAGCCCCUAAUCACCUGUGACUCAAAGGGGCACAGUGAGGACCCCAGAGAGGAGCAGAAGCCAGACAACAGGGAUAACAUGGCAGAGACAACCCGAGGAACGUCGGACAGGAGCAGCCAGGCCAUCACCCCGAGUACAGCCCGGAUCCUAGAGCUAGUGCAGCACUGUGUGCCCGGAGCACAGCGGGUGGAGGAGCUGCCCCGUGAGCUAGUGCUGGCAUUGCCUUAUGCGGGGGCCCUGGACGGCAGCUUUGCUAGGCUCUUCCAGGAGCUGGAUGGGCAACUGGCGGCUCUGGGGCUCACCGGCUAUGGGAUCUCCGACACCAACCUGGAGGAGAUCUUCCUAAAGGUGGUGGAGAAUGCCCACAGGGAAGGCGGUGACCCCAGACAGCACCUGCACCCUCACACAGCCACCCCGCAGCCCCACACAGGGCCAGAUGCAUCAGCUCUGGAGAAUGGGGAGCUGGCUAAGUUGAUGCCCGACCCCCAAGCCCCACAAGGCUCUGCACCCAGUGCUGCCCAACUGCAAGGCUGGGCACUGACCUGCCAGCAGCUCCGCGCCCUGCUCCACAAGCGCUUCCUGCUCGCUCGCCGCAGCCGCCGGGGACUGUUUGCCCAGAUCGUGCUGCCCGCCCUCUUCGUGGGCCUGGCCCUGUUCUUCAGCUUCAUUGUGCCUCCCUUCGGCCAGUACCCGCCCCUGAAGCUCAGCCCUGCGAUGUAUAGCCCCCAGGUCUCCUUCCUCAGUGAAGACGCACCUGGGAAUCCCAGCCGGGAGAGACUGAUGGAGGCACUGCUAGGGGAGGCCGGGCUGCGGCCCCCGGCUGAAGCUGCCAGGGGAUCCGAGUGCGCACACUCCCUUGCUUGCUACUUCUCAGUCCCUGAGGUCCCUGUGGAUGUGGCCAGUGUCCUGGCCAGGGGCAACUGGACUCCAGAGUCUCCGUCCCCAGCCUGCCACUGCAGCCAGCCUGGAGCCCGACACCUAUUGCCAGUUUGCCCGGCUGGGGCUGGGGGUCUGCCACCCCCCCAGGCCAUCGUGGGCUUUGGGGAGGUGGUCCAGAACCUCACUGGCCGAAAUGUGUCUGACUUCCUGGUGAAGACGUACCCCAGCCUGGUGCGGCAGGGCCUGAAUACUAAGAAGUGGGUUGACGAGGUCAGAUACGGGGGCUUCUCCCUGGGAGGCCGAGACCCAGACUUACCCUCAGGGCAUGAGGUGCUCCGCACGGUGGCAGAGAUUCGAACGCUGCUCAGUCCCCAACCUGGCAAUGCCCUAGACCAUAUCCUGAAUAACCUCACUCAGUGGGCACUCGGCCUUGAUGCCCAGAACAGCCUGAAGAUCUGGUUCAACAACAAAGGCAGGCAUGCCAUGGUGGCUUUUGUCAACCGAGCCAACAAUGGACUUCUACAUGCCCUCCUACCAUCUGGCCCGGUCAGCCGUGCCCAUAGCAUCACAACACUCAACCAUCCUUUGAACCUGACUAAGGAACAGUUGUCUGAGGCUACAGUGAUGGCCUCCUCAGUUGACAUCCUUGUCUCCAUCUGUGUGGUCUUCGCCAUGUCGUUUGUGCCAGCGAGCUUCAUCCUGGUCCUCAUAGAAGAGCGUGUCACCAGAGCCAAGCACCUGCAGCUGGUCAGCGGCCUACCACAAACCCUCUACUGGCUUGGCAACUUCUUGUGGGACAUGUGUAACUACUUGGUGACAGUGUGCAUAGUGGUGCUCAUCUUCCUGGCCUUUCAGCAGAGAGCCUAUGUGGCCCCCGAGAACCUGCCUGCUCUCUUACUCUUGCUGCUGCUGUACGGCUGGUCUAUCACACCACUCAUGUAUCCAGCCUCCUUCUUCUUCUCCGUGCCCAGCACAGCCUAUGUGGUGCUCACCUGCGUCAACCUCUUCGUUGGCAUCAACAGCAGCAUGGCCACCUUCGUGCUGGAACUGCUUUCGGAUCAGAACCUGCAAAAAGUGAGCCGGAUCCUGAAGCAAGUGUUUCUCAUCUUCCCCCACUUCUGCCUUGGCCGAGGGCUCAUCGACAUGGUGCGGAACCAGGCCGUGGCGGAUACCUUUGAGCGCUUGGGAGACAAGCAGUUCCGGUCACCCCUACAGUGGGACAUCAUUGGCAAGAACCUCCUGGCCAUGGUGGCCCAGGGGCCCCUGUUUCUCCUCAUCACACUCCUGCUGCAACACCACAACCGGCUCCUGCCACAACCAAAACCUAGACCGCCACCACCCCUGGGAGUGGAGGAUGAGGACGUGGCUCAGGAGCGGGAGCGGGUGACCAAGGGGGCCACCCAAGGGGACGUUCUGGUCCUCAGGGACUUGACCAAGGUGUACCGUGGCCAGAGGAGCCCAGCUGUGGAUCACCUGUGCCUGGGGAUCCCCCAUGGGGAGUGUUUCGGGCUGCUGGGUGUCAACGGAGCAGGGAAGACAUCGACCUUCCGCAUGGUGUCGGGGGAUAUGCUGCCCAGCAGUGGUGACACAGUGCUGGCAGGCCACAACGUGGCCCAGGAGCCAGCUGCCGCGCACCGCAACAUGGGCUACUGUCCCCAGUCUGAUGCCAUCUUCGACCUACUGACCGGCCGGGAACACCUGGAACUGUUUGCGCGCCUGCGCGGGGUGCCCGAGGCCCAGGUUGCCCAGAAAGCGCUCUCAGGGCUGGUGCGCCUGGGCCUGCCUAACUAUGCAGACCAACCCGCGGGUACCUACAGCGGUGGCAACAAACGGAAGCUGGUGACAGCCCUGGCUCUGGUUGGUGAUCCAGCUGUGGUCUUUCUGGACGAGCCCACGACAGGCAUGGACCCAAGUGCGCGGCGAUUUCUUUGGAACACCUUGCUAUCCGUGGUGCGUGAAGGCCGCUCCGUAGUGCUCACAUCGCACAGCAUGGAGGAGUGCGAAGUGCUCUGCACGCGCCUUGCUAUCAUGGUGAACGGGCGGUUCCGCUGUCUGGGAAGCCCUCAGCAUCUCAAGAGCAGGUUCGGGGCUGGCCACACUCUGACCCUCCGGGUUCCACCAGACCAGCCAGAACCGGCGGUAGCCUUCAUCAAGGCCACAUUCCCGGGUGCCGAGCUCCGGGAGGUGCAUGGCAGCCGUCUGCGCUUUCAGCUGCCACCUGGGGGCGGAAGCACCCUGGCACAGGUGUUCAGAGAGCUGGCAGCGCAAGGCAAGGCCCACGGUGUGGAGGACUUCUCUGUGAGCCAGACCACUCUGGAAGAGGUGUUCCUUUAUUUCUCCAAAGACCAAGGAGAAGAGGAGGAGGGCAGCCUGCAAAAGACCGGGGCCGGGGAGGUUUCCACACCCAGCUGGCAGGAGUCUGGGGCCAGGGAGGUUUCCACACCCGACCUGCAGUACCCGAAACGCAUCAGCCGAUUCCUGGAAGACCCCAGCUCUGUGGAGACCACGGUCUGA